GUGGAACUCCUUUCGCGGCGAGAUCGUUAUCGGCAAUCGCUCGGAUUUGGUUGACAUUGUCAGUUUGAUGCUGAGAACAACUGAAAGAACAACUGUCUACGGUGUCUGAUGAAGAAAAUGGAUCGUGUUAAAAGAAAGAAAAAAAAGACGGGUGAAAAGAAAGUGCUGCUAUCCAUCGUCGAUCCUUGGGACGUGAAGGUGGCCAGUGUUGAUCCGAUCGGACUGGCCGAACGACGGGGCGUCUCCCUGUCCGUUUUACCCUUUAAUCAGGACGAGGGUGCCAGCCACGAGUGGCCAACCUUUGGUAGGACCCUCAAGAUACCGUCACCCUGGUACAAACCUGGCAGCGGCUCCUCCGAUCACGUGAACUCCACCAAGCUCGAGGAAUCGGCGGCGUUGAUCAAUCGGAUAGAUCCAUGGUACUCACCACAAAGGUCGCCUGUCAAUAGAACUCACGAUUCGCCGAAUCCGUCCAAGGAAAGAUCACGAGGUAACAGACAGAGAACCGGCGAGACAAGGCACGACGACGAGGCGGGCGAGGUCGACAAUGGAUUAAUCAAGGCUCCGCAGGAAAUUAGCCGCGACGAUUUCGAUGAUGUGGACGGUACAGCAGCGGUGCGAGUGCGUUUCGAGAUCGACCGAGCGGAGUCGAAGCGAAAUGGAGUGCGAUGUGAGAACGGCCGAGAUGUCGAUGGUGCGCCGCGAGUGUUGACGAAAAGUCAAGCCGCGAACGAUUUGAACAAUUUGAGGCCCGAACGGCGACCGAUCGCGAAGCGAAAUCGCGCAGGCGGAGUGAAUGUGGAAAAGAAACAGGAAGAUUCUUCGCGACGAACGGACCGUGUGGAGGUCGGUGAGGACGAGAGAGAUGCGAAUAAUGAACGAGACCAGUCUCGGAUAGUCGGAGAGAAGCCAACAAUUGUCAACAUCGUCCAGAGCUUGGUGGAAUCUAGGUACACUCCUCAAACCGCGACAGAGAGGAGAAUAAAAAGGAUGCCAUCAUGUCGUCGUCAAGGAACUCCGAAGGAAAUAGAUCUAGUGGACUUUCCAGGCAAAGCAAGUGAUAAUGCCAACGUUAUUGUUAAUACGGCGAAACAAGAAAAUAAUCAAAAAAUCGUCAACGAGACGAAAACGGUGAAAGUACUACCGGAAGUGACAGCGUUACGCAGCACGAAUAUAAGAAAAACCAGCAUAUCUAUGCCCAGCAAUCUUAACGAGAUGGAUGAUCUUCGGAUAGACAGACAAAACGGUACCGCCUCGAAAUUCACAAGAGAGGACAGCGAUACCGGCAGCAGCGUGACUUUCAGUAACAGCGGCUCGACACCGAAUGGAAGUCCCCUAGGAUCCGAAACGGAAGAGGAAGCGAAUGAUGAGGAGCUGGCCAGAGUGCCGCUGCAAGCUCCACCGCGAAGGAAGGGUAGAACCAUGUCACCCUCGGUUAACGAAAAAAUGGGAAAUGACGCUACGGAACUUUCGGGUGUACAAAGCGCAACUUCCACAAUAACCAGCGUAAACAGUAUCAGCAGUCUUCUGAAGGAGAAACUACAAUUAUCAUUACCACAGGCAUUGCGUAACAGCGCAAGACGUCAAAAUGCUGAUUAUAGACUUAAAGCAUUUGUUGGUAUCUUGUUCCUUUGCAUCGUUUUCCUCGUGGGAUUCGCACACAUUUAUUACACUCAGCACGUCCUACAACGAGCUUAUUUUGAGAAAUUUAGAUUCAAUAAAAACGAGAGGGUGAUGAGAGUGUACAGCAAUACCGGGGCGGAGAUCAUCGCUGCCCGACUCGGCGAGGGUAUCCCGCCGAACACAGGGGUGUAUCCUUGCCUUCCUCAUCAUCAACGGCAGGACGCGGUCUGUCUCGAGUGGCUGCAGCAAACGCGGCUCUACCUCGCUCAUACAAAGCGCGAGGGGAUGCACUGCUACCACGUCACUUGGCAGAGUCUGAGUCCCUAUUACAAUCCCAAGGACUGCUUCGACUGGUCCUCGAAGAGAGGCCACUGGUACGGCGCCGGUCAGAUUCAGAAUAUGGCUUAUCCCCUGGAACGCGGCCGCCUAGAAUUGAGUCCCUUCAUCACCGGUGACGUGAGAAAGCAUCCUUUCGGAAACGUGCUAAAGAGAUAUUUCCUCAAUUCGAAGGGCGCUACGAUCCUGGUGGACCUCGAGACCCCGCUCUAUGUCUCCAUCAAUGCAAAUCGUACCAACGACUUCUGUCUUCAGGCGAAACAUGACGCGUUUGCCUAUAUUAAUCACCUUACGCCGCUACCUCAGCUCAACUACACAAUCUGCGCGACCGACAACAUGAAAAGCUUGCACUCCUCGAUGGCGGAGAAGUCUUUAUGGGAUGGCUUAAAGCCCGAUGAACUGCACGCUGUCCAUUCUCUGCUAUCUGAACCGGUCUGGCAGAUCUCACCCACCAACGAGGCGGCCAUUUACAAUUAUACGGAGGACGUGAUCGCAUUGGGAUUCCUUCGUCAAGGGCAUGUUCUGCUGAGCGAGGAAUGGCAACCCAGUCCGGGUGAUUUUGUCCUGGACGAGGAACGAUUCCCUUCUAUGGAGGAAACCAUCAAUAUCAUUCAUCGCAGAGGAUUCAGAAUAGUGUUCAGCAUUCAGCCUUUUAUCUCCACAGAAUCUGUUAACUUCAAAGACGCAGUCGCUAACAGAUUAUUGAUCUCCGAAAGGGGAAGCGAUCCCAGAAUUCCAGCAUUAACAAGAUACAAGCAAAGUAACAGCGCCGGCAUGCUUGACAUCACGAAUAAUAAGACCUUACCGUGGCUGCAGACGAAACUUGAAAGUUUGAUCAUGAAAUACCACGUAGACUCAUUCUACCUCGACCUAGGCACUGCGCAGGACAUGCCACAUUACUACAAAUGCGAGCAGCCCCUGACCAAUCCCGACCAUUACAAGACUAUUUUUACCCGUUCGAUUUUAGGCACUAUACCUGUGAUCGGCGUCUCCAGCGCCAUUUCCAGGCCACGAGCGCCCGUUUUCGUGUCCCUGCCUCCCUUCCCGUCAUCUUGGAAGGCUAUCAAGACUGUCAUCCCCACUGUCCUCAGUUAUGGCAUGAUCGGGUAUCCAUUCAUUAUGCCAGGGGCAGUAGGCGGCGAUGUGGCGCUUCCGAUGUCAGACAACAAUCCGGACAACGAUUACGAGGUGGAUCUACCAGACAAAGAGCUCUAUAUUCGCUGGCUACAGCUUUCUACCUUUUUGCCCGUAAUUCGUUUCACUCAUCUGCCGAGCAAGUACUCGGACGAGUCAGUCCUGGAGAUCGCCAAAAGGUUGACCACCCUGCGACAGAAGACUGUUACGCCGUUACUGAAAAAAUAUGCGAACGAGACUCUAGAUACCGGAUUGCCUAUCAUCAGGCCGCUCUGGAUGCUGGAUCCUGCUGAUCCAGCCUGUCACGUGGUGGUUGACGAAUUUUCUGUAGGCGAGGAACUGAUCGUAGCGCCGGUGCUCUAUUCUGGUAGCAGGCAGAGAGAGGUCUAUCUGCCGGCUGGUGUCUGGAGAGACGGUAUCGAUGGAAGUCUGAGAAAGGGUUCGAGAUGGAUUCAUAACUAUAGAGUGGCCGAAGACAAGAUUGCGUAUUUCGUCAAGAUGCCGGACAAUACGAGAUUCUGAGGAAUCCCGAGGUCACUUCCGCUGCUUUGCAUUUCACGCGAUGCAUUACGGUAUUCAACGAAUCUCGAGAUCGAUGAAUUGGUGAUAAAGUGGUGAUUGAGCUUGUGAUUCAGCUUCGUGCGAUGAUGCGAGUUGCUCGUAUCCACCAAAUGAAUCGUCACGAUGUUUCUUGUGAUUGAUUCGUCAUAGCAUAACAAAUAUCGACUCACCUUGAUCUUUCGUUAAUAUGCAAGAUGAACUUGUUCCUCGGUGAAUGUGUUGAGAAAUAAUCAUGCAUUAGCAAAAUACAUAUCCGCCGCAUUUGAAUAAAGAUAAAAAGUUUGCAAAUGCGAUAUUAAGUAUAUCAACGAUUUCAGAACUGCAAUUACAAUAAUGAAGUAUCCGACAUUGUAAGAAUGCAGCAAGAUAAUUAUGUAGGGAUAAAUACUUAAUAGCACACACAAAAGAUUUACACGUUAGUCAAACGUGCUAUUCAAUAUUCAAUGAUAUAAUGAUUCAAUAUAUCGACAAACUUUGAUUACAAUAAAAGUAUUCAAUGUUAUAUUUUACGAAUAUGAAACUAUUGUCAAUACCAUAUUACAAUGCAUAUCGUAAAGCCAUAGUGACAUAUGCAUUGGAAGAACAAGAAUUGUAGAUUUAAAUUAUGCUGUCAAUUAUAUUUAUUUUACUUAACAA